UAAUCAUAGGACUCAUUGUUUGUGCUGAACUGUCGUGAUAUGCUAUCACAGCGUCCAAAGUUCUUGUCACUGCGCCAUUUUUGAGGGACACUCGCGACGAAAUUCAUCCAAUACAUGGAGAAUGAUUAAAGACGAAAGGCUCCAAAUUAUACCAUCCUACCACAAUAUUCCCCUUCUGCUAUAUAUAUAUAUGUGUGCACUUGCAAAACUAAAGACAACUAGUAGAAAAUUAGGAGUAAAGCCACCAUGGAAAUGACCCGUAGAGAAUCCAUAUCAAAGAAAGAAGAAGAAGAAGAAGAACAUGCUCGUGUCAAAAUCUGGAAAUACAUAUUCGGUUUCGUCGAGAUGGCAGUAGUAAAAUGUGCCAUAGAACUUAAAAUCGCAGAGGCCAUCGAAACUCAAACAAGUCCCAUGACGUUGUCGCAGUUAUCAUCUGCUCUAAGCUGCUCUCCUCCGCUCCUACACCGCAUCCUAAGAUUCCUCGUUCGUCGUGGCAUUUUCAGAGAACAAACCACAACUGAAAACCUCACUGGCUACAGCCACACACCGUUGUCUCGCUUGCUCACUACAAGCAUGGCUCCAUUUCUGUUGCUCGAGAGCAGCCCCACAAUGCUCGCACCAUGGCAGAAGCUUAGCACGUGCGUUAAGGAGGGCAAUGGGAUUGCACCUUUUGAGGCUGCUCAUGGGAUGGAUGUGUGGAGCUACGCUGCAGGUGAUGCAGUGCACAGCGCGCUGAUCAACCAGGCGAUGGCGUGUUCUGGGAGGAUGAUCACUGUGCCUGCAAUUCUUGAAGGGUGUAAAGAGAUUUUUGAAGGGGUUGGAUGUGUGGUGGAUGUGGGGGGAGGAAAUGGGACUAAUUUGAGCAUGAUUGUGAAGGCUUGGCCUUGGAUUCGAGGCAUCAACUUUGAUCUUCCACAUGUCAUUUCUGUUGCACAAGAAUGCAUGGGUGUGCAACAUGUUGGUGGCGAUAUGUUUGAUUCCAUCCCCAAAGCUGAUGCUGCUCUUCUCAUGUGGGUUCUACAUGAUUGGGACGACGAAGAAUGCAUCAAAAUAUUGAAGAACUGUAAAGAUGCGAUUCCAAGAACAACGGGAAAGGUGAUAAUUGUAGAUACAGUGAUCAAUGAAAAGGAAGAAAACAAUCUAUCAGAUGUUGGAUUGAUGCUCGACAUGGUGAUGAUGGCUCAUACCAACAAGGGAAAGGAAAGAACAUGUAAGGAAUGGGCGUAUGUACUUCAUCAGGCUGGUUUUAGCCGAUAUACCAUUACACCCAUUCGAGCUGUCCAAUCUAUUAUUCAAGGUUUCCUUUGAUAUAUAGGAAAUAUAUUUUGUAUUCCAAGUCUUUAUUUAUAAUAAUAAUAGUGGCUCUUUUUAUA